UGGUUGAAUGUUCUUUAGUUUUGCUUAGGUGGCUAUCCGUGUAUCGCGACGGUAUACAGAAAUUGUAAAACAAAAUGGCAUUGAUAUAUUCGUUUAUAGUGCUGUUAUUGGCUUCAUACAUUAAUGCCGACAAAGAAACUCUAGUACUGCUGGAUAAUCUUGCUAUUCGGGAAACUCACUCGAUAUUCUUCAAAUCUUUGACAGAUCGUGGGUAUUCGCUCAUAUUCAAACCUGUCGAUGACUCCAACUUGGUGUUAGCAAAGUAUGGACAAUACUUGUAUAAAAAUCUGGUUAUUUUCUCCCCCUCUGUUGAGGAGUUUGGUGGAUCCCUCAGCGUAGAAGCCAUCACUAAAUUUGUUGAUGAUGGAGGCAACAUAUUGAUUGCGGGAAGCAGCAAUUCUGGUGAUGUCUUACGAGAAAUAACAGCUGAAUGUGGAUUUGAAGUUGACGAAGAAGGAGCAGCUGUGAUAGACCACUUGAAUUAUGAUGUGCUUGACCAGGGCAAACACACAACUAUUGUUGCUGAUAGUGCCAACCUGAUUGAUGCACCAAUGAUUGUUGGAUCCAAGAAAGUUGCUCCAUUCCUUUUCCGUGGCACUGGCUUGAUUGCUGAUAAGGAAAAUCCUUUAGUUCUUGAAGUGUUGACAGCAUCUAGCACUGCAUAUUCCUACAAGCCAGAUUCUCCUAUUGAAGAGUACCCCCAUGCGGUCGGCAAAAACACAGUUCUGAUCGCAGCCUUGCAAGCUAGAAACAAUGCCCGAGUUGUGGUUUCUGGUUCGUUGGAUUUCUUCUCUGAUGAAUUCUUCUCUUCUCCAGUUCAAAAGGCCUUGGGUGGUCAAAAAUAUCCCAAAUCUGGCAAUCAAGAUCUUAGCGAUGCAUUGACCAGAUGGGUGUUUAAGGAAGAAGGUGUACUGCGCGUUGGUAAAGUUUCGCACCAUAAAGCUGGCGAGAAAGAUGCUCCUCAGUACUACACCAUCAUGGAAAAUAUGGUUUACGAAAUCGAAAUUGAAAAACUCGAAAAAGACAAGUGGGUCCCAUUCGACGCGAAAGACAUUCAGUUGGAGUUUGUUAGGAUUGAUCCUUUCGUCCGAACCGUGUUGACGCGUAGUGCUGACGGAGUUUUCCGCACCGAAUUCAAGAUUCCCGAUGUCUACGGUGUUUACCAACUUAAAGUAGAUUACACUAGAGUCGGUUAUACUUUCCUGAACAGCGCUACCCAGGUAUCUGUCCGACCUCUGGAACACACCCAGUAUGAACGAUUCAUCGUCAGCGCCUAUCCUUACUACGCCAGCGCAUUUAGUAUGAUGGGUGGCGUUUUCCUAUUCAGCAUUCUGUUCCUUCACUACCGCACGACAGAAGAAACGAAAAAGAAGAGUGAAUAGAACAUAUCCAAAGAGUUCAUAGGUAUGUGUGGUAUGCAAGAGAGUGAAAAAGAAAAAAAAAACUUUGUGUGUUGUUGAAAUAAAGGAUGUAAUUUCGACAAGAA